AUGGGCAUCGCCACCCGCAAGCACUCCAGGAAGAAGCGUCUCAUACUCGUCCUCUCCUGUCCCCGCUCCGGGCCCGCCCGAGCAUCCACAGCCCCUUCCCUCCAGCGCCCUUCUCCCUGCAUCAACCCACCCUCAGACUGCUCCGGGGGCUCUCUCCGCAAGCUCAGGCCCGCCUUCUCUGCCCUCGGAUUCCUCCACUCCGGAAAGACCACAGGCCCCGCCAACGCUCUGGAGUUUCCCGGCAUCCGCCUCGACACACGCGCCAUGGAGGCCUCCCUCCCGCUGGACAAGCUCGAACGCAUCCGCGCUUUCUCCCGACUCCUCUCCCUCGCCGGCUCCGUCUCCUCCCUCAAUGUUGUGUCUGCCCGGACGCGGGGCGCCGCUCCGACCUGGCGUUCCGGUCCCGUCUGCAGAGCCGCUGGGAUGGUGCAUCUCUUUUUUUUUUACAGUGUCAUCAUCCUGUCUCAGAUGCCCCGCGGUUCUUCACGGACGCAGCCCCGUCCGUGGGUUUUGGGGGUUUUUUCAGGACCAGUGGUUCGAGUGGCUUUCCCUCGAAGCAUCUCCUCCGCGCGCCACGAGAUAUAUCCCGUGACCGUAGCCUGCGUGCCGCGGAACCAUACAGCCCAACUCAAGUCCGUACUGCUGCUUUGUAACCUGUCUCCCCAUCUCUACACAGCCCACUCCUUCCGGAUAGGCGCGGCCACGCGCGCCGCGUCACUGGGGCUCCCCCAUUCCGCCCUCCAGCAGCUGGGCCGCUGGUCAUCAUCGGCCCUCUCCUCAUACAUCAGGCCUGACACUUCGACCAUUCUGGCAGCCCAGCGGCUUUUGGCAUCUCCAUAA